AUGGAAACAUCAAGGGUCUACCUCAAUUUAAAGGCAUCCAGGAAUCCAAGGUCUCAGCAUGCAUCACCGCCAUCUCUUGCCCCAGAUGCCUGUCGGUGCCCACGCUCCCAUAGGUUGGCUCUGAAACUCACUUGUGCUGGGCUCAUCCUUCUUGUCUUGACCCUGAUUGGGCUCAGUGUUUUAGUGCGAGUGUUGAUACAAAAACCAUCAAUAGAAAAAUGCAGAGUGUGUAUUCAAGAGAACAUGGCUAAACCAACAGACGGUCCAGCUAUCUUAAAGUGUCCAAAAGACUGGCUGCCACACUGAGAUAAAUGCAUAUAUUUUUCUCAAGAUAACAACAUUUGGAUGGAAGGUCUAGUUGACUGUGCUACAGAUGGAGCCACUUUGCUGCUCAUUCAAGACCCAGAAGAACUGAGAUUCAUAAAGGACUCAGUAAAGGGAAAAGGCAGUUCAUAUUGGAUUGGACUAAAUUACACUUUGACAGACAAGAAAUGGAGGUGGAUAAACGGCUCUACUUUACGUUCUGAUGUAUUGCAAAUCACUGGUGAAACUACAAAAGACAGCUGUGCCUCCCUCGCAGAGGACACUGUGGUGUCUGAAAGCUGUGUUUCAGACAACAAGUGGAUCUGCCAAAUGGAACCAAAACCAUGUCUCUGA